UAGAUCGCGUCACGAACACGUGAGUACAGCAGGAGCUGAGAAGUGUAGCUAUCCAGUCAUUGCAUGCUCAAACAGCGCAGAUUUAUAUCCAGAGUUAUAUGCGUCGCUAACAUGGGCAGGAGAAAUAAAAACAGACCACAGCAGUACCGAGAUGGAAGACCAGAAGGGAAAAGGAGCAGAGAUGAUGCUGCUUGGGGAGCUGGAUAUGCUGAUAUCGUCAAGGAAAACAAACUCUUUGAGCAUUACUAUAAAGAGUUGAAGAUUGUUCCAGAUGGAGAGUUUGAGGAGUUCAUUGAGGCCAUGAGGGAGCCACUGCCAGCUACGAUACGGAUAACAGGAUACAAGAGUCAUGCGAAAGAAAUCCUUCAUACCCUCAAAGAGAAAUACUUCAAGGAGGUUCAAGAUCUUGAGGUCGAUGGGCAGAAAAUUGAGGCUCCUCAGUCCUUAAGUUGGUAUCCCGAUGAACUGGCAUGGCAUACAAAUCUGAGCAGAAAGAUCCUCCGCAAAUCUCCCCUUCUGGAGAAAUUCCACCAGUUCUUGGUCAGCGAAACUGAAUCGGGAAAUAUUAGCAGACAGGAAGCAGUCAGUAUGAUUCCUCCUCUUCUACUGAAAAUUGAGCCUCAACAUAAGAUUCUGGACAUGUGUGCAGCUCCAGGAUCAAAGACGGCUCAACUAAUAGAGAUGCUUCACUCUGACAUGGAUGUGCCUUUCCCCGAGGGUUUUGUAAUUGCCAACGAUGUGGAUAACAAGCGAUGUUACUUGCUGGUUCAUCAGGCCAAAAGAUUAAACAGUCCCUGUAUUAUGGUGGUCAACCAUGACGCCUCUAGCAUUCCACGUCUGCACUUUGAUAACAAUGGGAAGAAAGACAUCCUGUUUUAUGACCGAAUCCUAUGUGAUGUACCUUGCAGUGGAGACGGAACCAUGAGGAAGAACAUUGAUGUGUGGAAAAAAUGGACAACCAGCAACAGCCUGCAUCUCCAUGGGCUUCAGUUGCGGAUCGCAGUGCGUGGGGUGGAGCAGCUGGCUGUAGGGGGCAGAAUGGUUUACUCCACCUGCUCUCUGAACCCCAUCGAGGAUGAAGCUGUUAUUGCCGCCCUGCUGGAGAAAAGUGAAGGUUCUUUAGAGUUAGCAGAUGCCUCUCCAGAUCUCCCAGGACUCAAAUAUAUGCCUGGAAUUACAUCUUGGAAAGUAAUGACCAAAGAAGGUCAGUGGUUCUCUGACUUUUUAAAAGUGCCAACGAGUCGACACACACAGAUCAGACCCACCAUGUUUCCACCAUUAGACACGGAGAAGCUGGCAGAAAUGAGACUGGAGAGAUGUGUGAGGAUACUGCCUCACCACCAGAACACGGGUGGGUUUUUUGUGGCUGUGUUGGUGAAAAAGGCUCCAAUGCCAUGGAACCGCCGUCAUCCAAAGCUCCGUAAUAAGGAAGUGAGCUCCUCUGGUGAAGUGGCUCCUGUGGAGGAGCUGCAGAUGGACGAAUCCCCCACUGACGUCCCACCGGCAGACGGACCCUCUACUGACGCCCCUGUGGAGGCGCAGGAGGGGGAGAGAAACCCGUCUGUCCCUGAGACACCAGAGCCCGUAGAGGUCAAGAAAGAUAAUGUCUGUGGCCCUCCUCCUCCAAAGAAGAUGAAACUCUUCGGCUUCAAAGAAGAUCCUUUUGUGUUUCUGACAGAGGAUGACCCCAUCUUUCCUCCCAUCCAAUCUUUCUACGACCUUUCUCCAAAUUUCCCCAAGCUUAAUGUGUUGACUCGAACCCAUGAAGGGAAGAAGAGGCACCUGUACAUGGUCUCCAAAGAGCUGCGCAAUGUCCUCCUGAACAACAGUGAACGAAUGAAGGUUAUAAACACAGGAGUGAAGGUCUUGUCCAGAAAUAAUGACGGAGAACAGUUUGGUUGUGCUUUCAGACUGGCACAGGAGGGUGUUUACACUUUGUGCCCGUACAUCAGAGCCCGAAUCAUCAACAUUAGCGUGGAGGACGUGAAAGUUCUGCUCACACAGGAAAACCCUUUCCUCAGCAAACUUGGAGAUGAUGCUCACAUGCAGGCUAAGAAACUUGAAAUGGGCAGCAUUGUUUUGCGAUACCUACCAGAUCCAAAGGAUCUCGAGGCUCCUCAGUGCCCGAUAGAUUUGUGUGGAUGGAGGGGCAAAACAUCCAUCAGGGCUUUCGUCUCACGUAAUGAGCGUCUCCAUUACCUCCGUAUGGUGGGAGUGGAAGUGUUUCGCGACAAACAGGGCAAGAGGAACGACGGUCAAACUGAAACCCAGGAAGGAAGCACUGAAGAUGCUGAGGGCCAAGAGGUGGAUCUUGUGGAACAGGAAGGUGCAGAAACGGAGAAAAACUCUUCAGGGUCAAAUGCUAAUGACACAGAACUUGCUAGCAGCACUUGUAAUGGGCCUACGAGUUAGUUAGCUUAUGGAUUAGCAUGGGUCAGGAAAAAACAUGAGGCCUGAUUUGGAAACAAAAGUAAUUUUAUUUUAUCAGAACAUUUUUUUAAAUAUUGAUUAAAGCAUUUGCUGUUUGAUAUGUUUUUUUUAUCAUUUUGUUUUUAUUCUUGUUUGUUCAGAGUCUAAAAGCUGGACUCCAGUUCGGUCCUACAAUUUAUUUAGUUGGUAACACUUUACAGUAAGGUUUUAUUAGUUUAUUGUAUUUACGAUUAUAUCCAAACAAUCAACAAUACAUUUAUUACUGUAUUUAGUCAUCUUUAUAAACUGUAAUUAAUGAACAUUUGUGAUUUAAUACAUGCUGUACAAGUAUGGUUCGUUUGAAGUUAAUUUGAGUAAAUCGUUUAAAAAAAAAAACGUCAACCAAUGGAA